AUGUCCUCCAACGUCGGCCUCACUACGCCCCGCGGAAGCGGCACUUCGGGAUAUGUGCAACGCAACCUCUCGCUCCUCAAGCCGCGCGAUCAGGCCGCACCCUACACCAAGGACUAUGACCAGAUCAAGCAACACCGCCAGCGCCAGCCUGACAAGGACAUCCUCGAGCAUGACCGUAAGCGCGAAAUAGAGGUCAAGGUCUUUGAGCUCCGCGACCGUUUGGAAGAUGAGGGUGUCGACGAGGAUGAAAUCGACGACCAGUGUGAUGCCCUCCGCAAGAAGCUCCAGAAAGAGGCCGACGCGUCCAAUGAGCGCCUUGACAAGGCCAAGGCCCGCAACCUGAAACAGCACCAAGUCCAUGAGCUCGCCGCCGCGAAGAUCGAGGAGAGCGAAAAAUUGAGGAAAGCCUUGGGCAUUAGCAAGGACUAUGAGGAGGGCAGUCAUUGGAGGAAGCAGGAAGAGCGGCUGCGCGAGGCCAUGAAGAAAGAAGCUGACGAGGAGCUUGACAGGGUAAAGGAGGAGGACCGGAGAAGGAGCCAGCAUGAAGACAGCGAGUAA